CAUGCAACUGGGAUACCUGCUCCCUCCGGCACUCCUGGUGCUCACAGGUUUAUGGCUGAAGGAAGGGCUCCUUACUCAUCUAGAGCUUAGUUCUUGCACAGUGAAGGACCCCAAUUCCCAGAAGCCAAGCAUUCUGCCUGAGGGACUGACCUGCUAUCCCACCAGGCCUGAGAAGAGAACCAAUAAAUCUCCAAGCAAAAAGAUGACUUCGAGGCAGUCAAAGACCAACCUGAAAAAGGUCUAUGGGUCUGGCAAAGGAGAACCAGAAGAAGAUUACAUCACACCGGGACCCUUUGAGCUGGAGCGCCUCUUUUGGAAGGGGAAUCCCCAAUACACUCAUGUCAAUGAGGUCUGGCCCAAACUCUACAUUGGAGAUGAGGCUACGGCAUUGGACCGGUACAGUUUAGAGAAAUCUGGCUUCACCCACGUCCUAAAUGCUGCCCACGGCCGAUGGAACGUAGACACGGGUCCGGAGUACUACAGAGACAUGGCCAUUGAAUACCAUGGAGUGGAAGCUGAUGACCUCCCCACCUUCAACCUCAGCGAGUUCUUUUACUCGGCCGCCCAGUUCAUCGACUCCGCUCUCCAAAGCGAUAGGAAUAAAAUUCUAGUUCACUGUGCUAUGGGCCGUAGUCGCUCAGCUACCUUGGUCUUGGCAUACCUAAUGAUUUACAGGAACAUGACAGUGGUGGAUGCCAUUGAACAAGUUGCCAAGAAUCGCUGCGUUCUACCCAAUCGUGGAUUUCUCAAACAGCUUCGGGAACUGGACAAACAGCUGCUCCUCCAAAGGCGAAACGCUCAGUCUAAUGAAGAAGAGAACUUGGAAGAGAAAGAGAUCUAAGACUUGACAACCCCUUCACACAUAGUUGCCCCCAAAUACUUUGAGCUGGAGAAGAACAUUUAAAAAAAAUAGCCCCUUAAAAUUCUUUGGCAUGAAGAAGAAAAACAUGGAAGUCAGCCAUUAUUUCUUCAGAGUAGCUUUUAAGCAUCACAGGGAGUGCUGUGGAACAUAUUAGGGGAUCAUUUAAAACCCAUACUCCCUCAGCUGCCUCCCUUUAGGGUCUAAUACUUUUGUUUCACAGCAAGAGGAAAAGGAAAAAAAAAGUAUUUUACAGUGGAAUUGGUUGCAGAUGAGCAUGUAGAACUUCAGUGAAACCUAAGUCUGUAAUGGGGAGGUGAGAAUGACUGGAAAACAUAUAGAAACUGUGCCAUGAUCCAAACUUUUGGUCCUGUCCUCUGCAAAAGGCACCUUUUCCCCACGGACUGUUAUUUUACAACGGAUUUUAAAGCAACCCAAGGGCAGGCUUAUGGCAAGGAGGGCUGUGUCAGAAGAGUGUCACGUUAACUAAUAACACAUCACUUCCUCUGGGUCGUAAUUUGUUUUCUUUCUUUCCAUAAAUCUUUUCAUGGUAUCAAGCACCAUCUUUUAUCACCUGGGCCAUCCAGGAAUUCUUCUAGGCUUACCUUGGCAUUCACUGAUGCCAGCCUUUGAAAGUGGCAUCUGACAUGCUCUCGUGGGGCAGUGCUCAUCUGCACUGGUGGAUGCAUGUAUGAAACGGGACGUUUCCAGAAUUUACAACCUAAUCUAGCUUCCU